GGUUGAUGUGUGUGCUUCCAGUGCAAACGUGCCACUUGAUUCAUUCCCAUGUAAGGCUUGUUGGGGGGUUUGAUGCUGUCUGCACAUUCGCUUAAACUAUGCACAGUUCUCCAUUGCAACUUCGAGGCACUCGGCUUGCACUCCGAGCAACUUCUACAAACGGCCAGAUGCCCCAUUGAUAAUAUGCUUAUCUGGCUAAAUGUAAAAGCUUUGCUUAACCCACAAAUGUAACAAAAAUAAUUUGCAGCAAGCACGACAACGAGGCCCAAAAUUAAUAAUAAUACAUAAAUAAAUAAAUAAAUAAAAAUCUUACAUUUUCCAUGUUCAGUUUGUCAUUGAGGCAGCCUUGACGUGAGAUUUGGAGCGCGAUGAAACAAGGUGUCAGCGUGCGUGUGCGUGUGACGUGGGUGGAGCUUCAGGUUCGGACCUGCUUCGGUUGACUCUGGCAGCCACUCGAUCGGUCCAAAUGAUGCCGCCGGUGCGCGCCGCCGCUGCACAGCAGAGAGAACAUGCGGGCCCGUGGCGCAGAAUUGGAGGCUGUGUUAUUUCUGAACUCCAGCCGUGCAUGUUGCGUAGCUGUCGCUGCAUUUCGGGAGUAGUUUACGCACGACUUGACUGGCGCAGAGGAUGACCCACUGAAGUUGUUUUUCCGUGUGAUAUUUCUUCAGCAUGACCGAUUCCGACUUAAGGAACGACAGCAUCCACGCGAUCUAUUUCACGGAAGCCCUCAAUGGAUCUUUACUGGAUGUCAUGUUUCCAAACGACAGCAGCACCACUGGGUGUCCGAACUGGACAUUGGACUCUCGAUCCGUGUGGCUCGGGCUUUUUCUCGCCUCGUUCACUCUGGCGGCGAUCGCGGGCAACAUUUUGGUCAUCCUGUCCGUCCUGUGCAACAGCCACUUGCAGACGGUGACCAACUUCUUCAUAGUCAACUUGGCCAUGGCGGACCUGCUGCUGAGCAUCGUGGUGCUGCCCUUCUCCGCCUCUCUGGAGGUUCUGGGCUGCUGGGUGUUCGGCCGGGUGUUCUGCAACAUCUGGGCGGCGGUGGAUGUGCUGUGCUGCACCGCCUCAAUCCUCAGCUUGUGCAUCAUCUCCGUGGACCGCUACAUCGGCGUCAAACACUGCCUGAAGUACCCGAGCAUCAUGACCGAGAGGAGGGCGGGCGCCGUCCUGGUUCUGGUGUGGGUGUCGUCCACGGUCAUCUCCGUUGGCCCGCUGCUGGGCUGGAAAGAGCCACCUCCCGUGGACGAGAGCAUCUGCAGAAUCACCGAGGAGCCCGGAUACGCGCUCUUCUCCUCCCUCUUUUCCUUCUACCUGCCGCUCCUGGUCAUCCUCGUCAUGUACUUUCGGGUCUACGUGGUGGCCCGCAGGACGACCAGGAGCCUGGAGGUGGGCGUCAAGCGGGAACGGGACAAGUCCGUGGAGGUGGUCUUGAGGAUCCACUGCCGCAGCGUGCCGGAGGAUGCCCGCGCGGUCAGCUCCAAGAGCAACAAGCAGCACCCGUUCCGGAGCUCGCUCUCCGUGCGCCUCAUGAAGUUCUCGCGGGAGAAAAAGGCCGCCAAAACCCUCGCCAUCGUCGUGGGCAUGUUCAUCCUGUGUUGGCUGCCUUUCUUCUUCUUUUUGCCGAUGGGCGCCUUCUUUCCAGCGAUGAAGCCAUCCGAGACGGUUUUCAAGGUGGUCUUUUGGCUGGGCUACUUCAACAGUUGCAUCAACCCCAUGAUCUACCCCUGCUCCAGCAAAGAGUUCCAGCGGGCUUUCACCCGCCUCCUCAGGUGUCGUUGUCACCACCGGCGGAGGGCUCUGCGUCGCUUCUACGACCAGAAAUGGCGCUCGGCUGUCAGGGGAAUGGCGUUGGAACAAAGAGGAGAGCAGGAGUCUGGCUACGCCGCGCACAGCUCCUGUGGCAGCUCUUUGUUAAGCAAGCCGGGGGGUAGUUUAAAGAGAUGGAAGCUGUUCCCGCCGCUGCAGAAGUCCUCCUUUCAGCUCAAAGAAACAGUAAACAAUCUGUCAAAUAAAAUCAAGGGAGGCACAGGGCGAGGCAGCACACCUGCAGUCGUCGAUGCCGUUUCAAUGGGGAUUUUCAACGUCUGUGAACAAAGCAGUUAUAACAUCUAUGACUUGGCUGAGUGUUACGGCCUGAAGGAGACGGACAUUUAAUGGCCCACAAGAGGACACUUUAUUUAUUUUCAAAAGGCCCUUUUGGGCCAACAUCACUUGGUCAUUCAGAAUCAGAACCAUCAAAUCUGCCUUUGCAAAGAUAACAAUGCUCAGUUUUUACAUUUUUGAAUACAGCUCUUCUAUUGUGCAAGUGAUCAUCUUUUUGUGGCCACUAAGUGUAAAUGGCAGAUCAUGGAACAGUUGAUGGUUUUAGAAUGGCGGCAUGAUACCAGCGCAAAUGUUUUUUUCCAACAUUAUUUCCAUCCUUCACAACCGCGAUAAGAGUUAUCACUUUUUCAAUCUCACUUGGUUCACACGCGCUUCAAUGUCACAUUUUUAUAAUCAUCAUGAUGUUGGUUUAUGUUGACAAUGCACAAUAAGACAGGGCAAUUGCUGGGAAUUGCUGUUGAGUUCAUAAGUUUGAACUGACACAUUUACACGUCCAUCAUCAUUAACUGUAAAUUCAAGUGCAGUGCGCUACUGUGAAAUUAGCAUUAUAUUUUUCCAAUGCGGUGCUUGUUUUUUUUUUCUUUUUUUUCUGCAAAUCUUUUUUUUUAAAUUUUCAUUUUUCUGAUACCAAAACUUAACGUGCUAAUGAUGUACGGAGUAUGGCACACACCAUAUUACAUUUUGGAGAAUUUUGGUAUUUACAAAAUUACCUGCAUCUUCCAGCAGAUGUCAAUACUGCUCCACUUUUUAGAUGAUUUUCACAUCACAGCAGUGAAAGACAUCAUGAAACAUUUGAUUGGGGAAUGGGGUAGGAAUACGUUUUAAUAAAAAAAUAAUAAUAAUAAUAAUU